ACACCGGACAGUUAUCAAAGUGUGGAUAUUAAAGUGGCAUGAAAAAAGUGCAUAAUAAAUAGAGAAAAAGAAGAAUAAGAAUAAAAUAAAUUUAUUGCCAGUAACAAUUUACAAUAGCAAGAAUAUUUAGUAAAACUGAGAACACAGAAAAAUAACAACAAGAACUAACAGAUACAUGAUUUGUCCUGGCAACACAUUAAGAAGAACACAAAAUGGAAAAUUUUAACAUCACAACCUUUGACAAUGAAAGAUUCGAAAUAACAACAAUGUCGAAAGUUCUAACCAUCGUGCAAAAUGUCACAGUUUCGAUUUAUGAAACCAUAAAUGAAACAGUAAAUGAAACUUUGUUAAAUGAAAACAGGACUGAAGUUCCAUCACUUGAAGAUGAAGAAGAUGACAUUGGUCAUAACGAAGAAUUUUACAAUUCGACUUGCAAUGUUCUGAAUGAAUGUUCACCGUUAAUAUUAUACCUCGGACUUCUACCACUUUUGCUGUGUCUUAUUAUCUUUGUUAUAUUCAAUUGUAAAUUCUGCAAACUCUCAAACUACGUUUACAAUUUUUUCAGUAUGCAACACGGGAUCUUUGGGUUGUUGCACUUAUUCUGUCUCCCUCUAGCUUAUUCAAAUGAUCUAUGUGACUCCUCUUUUAGUUAUAUUCUCUUUUACUUUGAAUUAAUCUUGCCUCUUUGGACACUAGCGUUUGCAAGUAUAGUAUUUUUGCAAAUAUUUCUAUUCGGCCUAAACGUAAAUAUCUAUACGCGAAAAGAAUUAACUUCAUUUGGGCACGUAUCUACGUCAAUUGUACUGUUCUAUAAUGAGAUUGUGAACUUUUUGGUAGAACAAGACGUUCUGUCUUUAUCUAUAAGGUUUACAUCAGAGUUUCUAAUAAUGUGUGUACCGAUAAUGAUACUUUCGUUAGUAAUCAUAAAUAUGUUUCAGAAACCGAAAAUUCCGCUUUAUAUAUGCAGUUUUAUAGUUUCUCAGUUAUUAAUUUUCAUUUUAUCAGAUAUUCUUUUGGUUUGGUUUAACAUUGCUUUUUAUUACAAGAAAAGACCUGUAAAACUGGAGAUAUUAGCUUCGUUAUUGUGUUUAAGGUUGGUUGUUGAAGGCUGUUGGUUCUUGUUUAGUAAUGCUUUUAUAACACGUUUUAUAUCAAAAUGUCCGGAAGAUGAUGAUGUCAGUGUUGACACUAUCGAUAUGUCUGAUAUUACUCAUCGGGAACAUACUCGUGUCUAAUUAGUUUUAUUAGUUUUAACUGUUCAAAGGGGAAAUGCUGCCAGUCUUUUUGGCACUUUGCCUGAUGAUGCUUUGGAUGAGUUUUUCUAUAUGUCGUUUUGUGUUUUAAAAACUUACUUGUUUACUAAAUUCCUUUGUUUUCCCCUCUCCAUUGUGUACUACUGUAAAAUUGUAAAAUAUUGUAGUAUCCUUCAAAAAUAUUUUUGUAUUGUGUAACUAGGGAUUAAAAUUUAUAACUAA